CAGUUCUCAGGGUUUGCCUCGUGCUUGUGUUGCCAUGGCGAUGCGGGAGUUGGUGGAGGCCGAGUGUGGGGGAGCCAAUCCCCUCAUGAAGCUGACCGGUCACAUGACCACGGAGGGGGGAGCAUGGCGGCACCGCUCAACACCUACAAUGCCUCCCUCUUCUAUUGAAAUUGCAACUGAGGAAGAGCUGGUGAAUGAGUUCCUCCAGGCGCCCCCUCGCCCCCCUCACACAUUUGACAUGGGUCAGUUGUUGGAGGAAAUGCAGCAGAUUGACCAGCAGAGCUACAGGCAAGCUCCACAAAGAGUGAGCAGAGGAGCCGUCCCCAAGAGGUUGAGUGACCCCCCCCUUUGCCUUUCCUUCUACCUGGUUGAGGUGGGAGGCCCCAGCUCUUGA